AUGGCUUCCUCACCUUUGAGACCAAAAACAACCCUAAAGCAUGCUCGUUCUAGCAGCUUUCCCUCUACAUCUCACCCUAUCGUGUCUCAAUUCGAUGAACACUUGUCUAGAGUAAAAUCAUCUUCUGAGGCUACCUCUUCAUCCCUUUCAUCAUUCACCUGCAGACUAGGUGAUCUUGAAAGCUUAUUUGAUUAUACCGAAGAUUUGCUUCAACUACCACAUGUUCAACAAACCAUUUCACGAGAGAAGUUGGAUGAAUUAUUAGAGGGGUACCUCAAGAUAUUAGACGUUUGUGCCACCAUCAAAGAUCUCUUGUCGAAUGAAAAACAAAAUAGACAAGACCUUCUUUCAGCUCUUCGUAGAAGACGGAACAUGGAUGACAUUUCUAGCUACCUAACCCCUAGAAAGAAGUCCAAGAAGAUGAUCCGAAAGCUUUUUAAAAAUUUGAAGAGUAUGAUGAAGGAAAAUAACUUCGCAUCAAAAAAGCCUGAAACAUCGGCUAUUGUUGGAGAAUUGCAGGACGUCCAGUUAGUCACUCUAGGCCUAUUUAAGGCCUUGUUGUCCUAUUUUAAUGGCACUGGAUCUCAAUCAAGUAAUUGGACAUUAUUAUCCAAGAUUAUGCCCUCGAAAAGUGAGGAAGUAGAAGCCAAUGAAUUUGACAAUGUUGAUGCUGCUUUGUGCUCACUUUUCAGUCACAAUAAGACUAGCAAAUACGAAGAAUUGAUAAGUCAGUUGCGAGAAAUGGAAGCAACCAUUGAGGUUCUUGAAGAUGGGCUCGAAUGCUUUUUCAGGCGCUUAAUCAAAACUAGAGUAUCCCUCCUUAAUAUUUUGAAUCACUAA